AUGUCCAGCCCACAAAUCGGCGAUAACACAUCCCCCACCUCGUUCGUAAACCCAGAACCUUUACCUGACCGGUUCUCUGCUGUCCAAGGUCUAUUUCGUCAAACAGUUUCUUCUUUUCAACGACAAACUCUCAGCCAGUGUCUCGUCGAUGCUGAGGGCGAUCUGAAAACUUAUCAGGCCGAAAUAAACAGGCUGAAAGCAAGGAUGAUUGCUUUGGAGAUGAGGCGAGAUAGGUUGGAUGAGACUAUCACGAACUAUCGGUCGCUGUUAUCGCCCAUUUGUCGGAUGCCCAUAGAGAUAUUGGGCCACAUCUUCUCGUUUUGCUGCGAAACGAACCACAUCUCAGACUUGGAUUCGGCCAUUGUCAUCGUUUUUUCUGCCGUCUGCGGACACUGGAGAGGGAUUGUCUUGGCAACCCCUCGCCUUUGGUCGUCGAUGACUCUCAACCUUCAAGAGGCAGAAUGCAUUGAGGACGAGGAUUAUACAUGCCGUUUGAUGAACUUAUUCAUGGCACGCUCGAGGAAGGAAUUAUUGGACUUGGAGUUUUAUGGGGUCGAAGCUGAAGCUUUCGAGCAUUUCGAGGCUGGUUUCCACUGCCUUUUGGAACACUCCAAUCGCUGGCGCAGUGUAGCAUUUCCUGGCGACGAUCCUUGUUGGCUUAACCAACCGACCUCACCUUUCCGACACCUUGAAGGACGCUGCCUCCCAAAUCUGGAGCACUUAUUCUUGAAUUUCUGCACAGACUCAGGCGUCUCGGAUGAUGACGGCGACAGGAUGGCUUCGGAUUUGGCCCUUUUCAGUAAAAGCCCCAAACUCAAUUCCAUCCAUAUUCGUGGUGGAACUUUACCAUCCGGAUGCAGAUUUCCGUGGGCACAAAUCCAGUCAUUGAGGCUCUCAGACUACGAAGACUCUAACUUGGGACAUAUGAUGACGUUGUGCAGAAACGUUCGGCGUUUGGAGUUAGAACGUGUGGAUACAGAUCCAGAUGACUUAGAGUCGCCGACCGACCUCAACACCACUCUCGAAAAAUUGCAAUCUGUAUCUGUUCGUGAUUCAGAAGGUGAUGCAUUGAUGGCUCAUUGCUGUUCUGGUACUUCACUUUCCCGUCUCUAUCGUCCCUCGAUCUUUGCGGUUGCCGUGUUUGGUUCUGGUCACCCUGGAACUCAGGUCCCCUGGUAG